CUCUUGUAAGGCAAUUCUUCCUAUAAUCCAGUAGUUUGUACCUCGGAUUCAGCAUCUUUAUGCCUUUAGCUGUAUCACAAGCAAUAUCUAUGAACAUUUAUACCAUUUUACUUGCGGUGUUCUAUGUGCAGGUUAAAACUUGGAACUUGAUGAUUGCAAAAUGACCCAACUAAUGUUAUGAUCACUUGGAAGCAUUGGCAAGAAAGAAGACACAUAUUGGUGUUGUUUGUUCACAUAUUGGUGAAAAAAAUAAUAUCUGGGUAGCAAGAGUAUAUUGCAGUAGUAAUAUGAGCUUUCUCAAUUCAAUUUUAUCUGCUCCAACCCAGGUUCAAAAUUCCCAGGAUGCAAUUGUGAGCGGUGGGGGUCUAAGUCAUAAUGGAAAAUUCAGCUAUGGGUAUGCUAGCUCUCCCGGCAAGAGAUCUUCAAUGGAAGAUUUUUACGACACAAGAAUUGAUGGUGUUAAUGGUGAAAUCGUUGGCCUUUUCGGAGUUUUUGAUGGUCAUGGUGGUGCUCGUGCUGCUGAGUAUGUCAAGAAAAACUUGUUUAGUAAUUUGAUCAGUCACCCAAAAUUCAUUUCUGACACCAAAUCAGCAAUAUCUGAUGCAUAUAAUCAUACCGAUUCUGAGUUUCUGAAGUCAGAAAAGAACCAAAAUAAAGAUGCUGGUUCAACUGCUUCCACUGCGAUUUUAGUUGGUGAUCGCUUGCUUGUUGCAAAUGUUGGGGAUUCCAGAGCUGUCAUAUGCAGGGGUGGUAAUGCUAUUGCUGUUUCUCGAGACCACAAACCGGACCAAACUGAUGAGAGGCAGAGGAUUGAAGAGGCUGGAGGAUUUGUUAUGUGGGCUGGAACUUGGAGAGUUGGAGGUGUUCUUGCUGUUUCUCGAGCAUUUGGUGAUAGACUCUUAAAGCAAUAUGUUGUUGCUGAUCCAGAAAUUCAGGAAGAAAAAGUUGACAAGUCCCUUGAGUUUCUUAUCCUAGCUAGUGAUGGACUAUGGGAUGUUGUCACAAAUGAGGAAGCAGUUACUAUGAUUAAACCAAUUGAGGAUGCUGAAGAGGCAGCAAAGAAGUUGAUGCAAGAAGCAUAUGGGAGAGGUAGUGCUGACAAUAUCACAUGUGUUGUGGUUCGUUUCUUGACUAACCAUGGCACUUCUUCUCAUGGUAAUUCUGGAGUUAACCAUGACACUUCUUCUCAUGGUAAUUCUGGAGGUAACCAUGGCACUUCUUCUCAUGGUAAUUCUGGAGGUAACCAUGGCACUUCUCAUGGUAGUUCUGGAGGUAACCAUGGCACUUCUCAUGGUAAUUCUGGAGGUAACCAUGGCACUUCUCUUGGUAGUUCUGGAGAUAACCGUGGCACUUCUUCUCAUGGUAAUUCUGGAGGUAACCAUGGUAGUUCUGGAGGUAACCAUGACACUUCCCAUGGUACUUUUGGAGGUAACCAUGGAACUUCUCAUGGUAGUUCCGUAGGUAACCAUGGCACUUCCCAUGGUAAUUCUGAAGGUAACCAGGGCAUUUCUUAUGGUAGUUCUGGAGGUAACCAAGGCAUUUCUCAUGGUAGUUCUGGAGGUAACCAAGGCAUUUCUCAUGGUAGUUCUGGAGGUAACCAAGGCAUUUCUCAUGGUAGUUCUGGAGGUAACCAGGGCAUUUCUCAUGGUGGUUCUGGAGGUAACCAUGGCACUUCUUCUCAUAGUAGUUCUGGAGGUAACCAAGGCAUUUCUCAUGGUGGUUCUGGAGGUACCCAUGGCACUUCUUCUCAUGGUAGUUCUGGAGGUAACCAUGGCACUUCACAUGGUAGUUCUGGUGGUAACAAUGGCAUUUCUCAUGGUGGUUCUGGAGGUAACCGUGGCACUUCUUCUAUUGGUAGUUCUGGAGGUAACCAUAACACUUCUUCUAUUGGUAGUUCUGGAGGUAAUCAAGGGCCUUCUUCUCAUGGUAGUUCUGGAGGUAAUCAAGGCCCUUCGUCUCGUGGUAGUUCUGGAGGUGUUAAUAAGAACCCUCCGAAAGCUGGUUAUAAGUGAGUAAUGAAUCCAAAAAUCAGAAGACUUGGUCAAAAUUGGCUUAUAGCUGGUUGUGGUUAGUAAUAUAGCAGCUAUGGUGUUUCAACAAAAAUUAGAAAUAAAUUCCAACUCAUUAUGGCCCUGUUGCAUAACCAAAUCAUUAUCUCACUUCCAUGAUUUAGCCUAUAUUUUGUAUCUAGCAAAUGUGUGUAAUGUGUGGUCAGAGUUGUCAUGCACCUUCUGCAUGUAAACACGAUUCUUUUAGUUUGUCUAAAUUUCUUUCAUGGUUAGUUAUUUAUGUUAUAUGCAGCAGUCCUUUUCUACAUUCAUUGUAGCUUGUAUAAUAUACAUAAAAGAAUAUUGAUUUCCCUCCGCUUGCUA